UUCCUGCCGCGUCCCACAGCAGCUUGUGCCCGGCGGGCGUUUUUCACUUGACUCGGCACAACCCGCGCGCACCAACAAUACCGGUGUGACCCGGGGGCACGUCCCAGUCAGAGCGACAUCUCCCGCGGAUUCUGGUUAGAUCAGUUCUGGCCGCGGCCGCGACGCCGCUCUCCCAUUCUCUCGCGCAGCUUUUCGAGUUUCUCAUCUCGGUACUCGGUGAGACGUUCACCAGAACGCGACUUGAGGACGUUAACGACCAUUCCAGGCGGUUUAACGAGCACUGCGGAGCCGCCAGGAGCCAUGUUUACGCCGCUGCUGAGCGGACUGGUGACGCUGUUCUGUGUCGGGGCUGCAGUCGGGCUCGACCCAGGUCGGGUGUUCCUUGCCGAGUCCUCUGACGGCAGGUACGGGAUCGACUUCUGGACUGCCGACAACUUCUGCACCCAAACCUACGGCAACCCCGUCAAGACAGCCACGUUUGACGAGCUGAAACUCACCUGGGAACAAGGACUGGAUCUAUGCAGACAUGGCUGGUUGAAUGACGGGACGGUGGCCCAGCCCACACACUUCUCCCGCCGCGGAUGUACGGACAGGGGCGUCACCCGCCUCAGCAGCCACCAGUGGAGCGAGAAGUUCGACGUCUGGUGCGUCGUGGACAGGAAGACUCAAUGUGAAACCAUCGAUCAGUUCUCGUGCGGAAACGGCCUGUGUGUUCCUCACUUUGCGAGGUGUGACGGCGUCAACAACUGUGGCGACAACACUGACGAACAACAAUGUGGCGGAGUGUUCCUGUACCCUGCCAUGUCGGCAGACUCUGCUGUCAACUUCUGGAGUGCUGCAAAGAGUUGUGAGGCUGUUGGAGCUCGUCUGGCCAGGUGGCAGGAUCUAACGGAACAGUGGGCCAAGGGACUGGAUAUCUGCAGGUCUGGAUGGCUCCAAGAUGGUGCUACUGCCCGUCCCAUUCACACGGAGCGGGAGGACUGUGGUGUUGUUGGAGUCAGCCAUGAUGCAAACGUGAUGUGGAACACCAAGCACGACGCCUGGUGCAAGGCACUCAGCAACAACUUUGCCUGUGAGUCUGUUUCCCAGUACACCUGUAACAACCUGAACUGUGUUCCUAAGUGGGCCAUGUGUGACGGGGUGGACAACUGUGGAGACUUCAGCGAUGAGCUGCCAGACCGCUGUGGCAAGAUAGCUGGCAAACCUACCUCAGACCGGCAGGCUCCUGAUGACAGUGUCAGUAAGGUGGUUCUGGUGUCAGACGAGCAGGGUGGAGACACCAUCACCUUCCUGCAGGCUGCGGGCAGAUGUCUGCAGAUGGGCAUGCAGAUUGCAGCAUGGGAAGAGCUCCGGGACUCGUGGAAGGCUGGGCUGGACCUCUGCAGGAACGGCUGGCUGUUGGAUGGAACCAUCGCCCACCCCAUCCACACUGCCCGAGAGAACUGUGAGGAAGUAGGUGUGAAUCAUGAGGGGAGCCACGAGUACACUCAGAAGCACAAUGUCUGGUGUAAGACUUCAAAGGACUAUGAUUGCAAAGGUGUGGACCAGUUCAGCUGCUCUAAUGGCCUGUGUGUCCCACACUGGGCCAACUGUGAUGGAGUCAACAACUGUGGGGACAACAGUGAUGAGCAGCACUGUGUAGGCAUGCUGGGGUUAGCUGUGCAUAAAGAGGAUGCUGUCAAAGGGUUACGGGAUUCCAUUGAUGACUCAGCUGUAGGGUCCACAGGCAAUGUGUUCCUAUAUCCUGCCCGCGGUAGUCCAGCUGUGACCUUUGACCAGGCAGAAGCCACCUGCUCAGCUAUCGGUGCGCGUGUGGCCAGCUGGGAGGACCUGAGGGACACCUGGCUUAAGGGCCUGGACAUCUGCAUGAUGGGCUGGCUGGCAGACGGGACUGUUGCCCAUCCGGUUCACACCAGUCGUGCAAACUGUGGCUCUGACAUCAAUCACGAGGGUUCCCGCGAAUACUCAGAGAAGUUCUAUGUCUGGUGCCAGCCUAAGAAGGAGACAUUCUCUUGUAGUGACAUCAUGCAGGAUACCUGUGACAAUGGACUGUGUGUCCCGCCUACCUUGAAAUGUGACGGUAUCGACAACUGUGGGGACGGCAGUGACGAGAAGUGUGACGGACAGACAGCCUCAGUGAAGAGCAGCCAUGUCUUCCUGUAUGAGGGAAACAGGGUGUUUGAUGCCCGUAUGGACAAGGACAUGUAUGACUUCACUCAGGCAGAGACCAAGUGUGCAGAGUUUGAUGCCAAAGUUGCAUCCUUGAACGACCUGAGGGAUGCCUGGGAGGCAGGCCUGGACAUCUGCAGUCACGGCUGGCUGAAUGACAAAAGUGUUGCCCACGCCGUCCACUUCCCUCGUGAGGGGUGCACAGAGAUGGGUCUGAACCAGAGGGGUGACGUGGACGUGUUUGAGGAGUUCCACGUGUGGUGCAAACCUAAGUCUGUCGUCGCCUGUGACCAUGUUAACCAGUUUGGAUGUGGCACGGGUCUGUGCAUCCCUGAGUGGGCCAGGUGUGACGGCAUCAACAACUGUGGAGACAACAGUGACGAGAGCAACUGUGGACACGUGUUUCUGUACCCUGGGAAGGAGAAUGACGUGUCAGGUCAGGUGACCUUCUGGAUGGCAGAGCAAGCCUGCGCCAAGGUCGGGGCACGAGUUGCAUCAUGGGAAGACAUGUACAACACCUGGCAGCUUGGAAUGGAUAUCUGCAGGAUGGGUUGGUUGUCAGACGCGACCACAGUGCACCCGAUCCACACGUCUCGUGAGAACUGUGGUGACCCCGGACUGAUCCACUACGGCCAGCAUGAGUACAGCAUGGUGUUCGACAUCUGGUGCCAGCCUGUGGAGGAAGGCUGGGACUGCUCCAGGGUGGACCAGUUCAGCUGUGGGAAUGGACUGUGUAUCCCAGACUGGCUACGAUGUGACGGUGUAGACAACUGUGGGGACAACAGUGAUGAGAACUGUGAUGGAAGUACUAGUGAAAGUGGAGAACAGAUGGUGUUCCUGGUUGAAGGCGAGGAGGGAGAACAGUCCGUCACGUUCCUGGACGCUCCCGAGGCCUGCGCCAAGUACAACGCCAGGGUGGCCGCCUGGGAGGAGCUCAGGGACACAUUUGUGGAGGGUCUAGAUAUCUGCCGUCUUGGCUGGAUGAACGAUGCUACAGUAGCCCAUCCCAUCCACACUGCCAGGGAGAACUGCCCUGAUGUGGGCGUGGUUCACGGGGGCAGCAUCGAGUUCUCUGAGAAACAUGACAUCUGGUGCACCCCUAUCAACAGCAACAAGCUUGACUGUGAAGCAUACAAACAGUUCCCCUGUGACAAUGGGUUGUGUGUGCCCCGCUGGGCUCUCUGUAAUGGUGUCAACAACUGUGGAGACAACAGUGAUGAAGACCACUGCAGGUCUACCUUCCUGUUACCGGGGUCCCAGGGCCAGUAUAACCUGACCUUCAGGGCAGCAGCAGCAGAGUGUAACAAGUUUGACGCUCGCGUGGCUCAGUGGGAAGAUCUACUCCACGCCUGGGACCAGGGAAUGGACAUUUGUCGUUUGGGUUGGCUUCAAGAUGGAACAGUGGGAUUCCCCAUCCACUUCCCCCGGGCCCAGUGUAAGGGAGGGGAGAACACUAAAGGAAUCCAGCACUUUGGCAGUCAGAUGCACAACUCUAAGUAUGAUGUCUUCUGUAUCUUCAGGAAUGAAGACAGUGACUGCAACACCAUCAACCAGUUCACCUGUGGAAAUGAUCUGUGUGUUCCCUUCUGGCUCAAGUGUGACGGAGUGAACAACUGUGGGGACAACAGUGAUGAGAAUGCCUGUGCGCCAGAUAUUCUGGACUGCACCAAUGGCCUUGCGGAGGAAGACUGUGACCUGCUGACCAAACUUCUGGACGCCAUGCUGGCAGACAUACAGGAGGAGAUGGGGAAGAUCCGGCCUGGAGAGGGCCCGGUCGUGGCUCCUGGGAAUGCUAAGGAGCGGCUGGAGCAGCUGGCACAACGUAUCAAUGACUUGAAAGACCAGAUCAAGUCAUGGUCAUCCCCUGAUAUGGACAAACUCAGAGAUGCAAUCAAGCAGGCUGAUGAACAGGAUGCCACGCCCCUCAUCCGUAAGGCUGAGCGUGUAAAGAACAAUGGUGAGUCUGUGGACAACAACGCAGACACCACCAAGAACAGGGCUGAGGAACUGGAGAGGCAGAUGGACGCACUGAAACAGAAGAUGGAUGAGAUAAAGGCUGCCCUGGAAGAGAAGACUGGGAAUGUCAAUGUUGCAGACCUACAGGAACAGCUGCGAGAGGCACGAGAAAUCCUGCAGGAAAUGCAACAACGGAAAACAGACAACAUCAACUUCAAACCCAGCAAGGAGGCAGCAACUAAUGAGAAAACAGAAGCAGAUAAAUUGUCUACAGAGGUAGAUGAUUGGCUGAAGCAGAGCUCCACAGGAAGUUUUGUCAAGAUUGAGGCUGAGCUGCGGAAGUUUACUCAGGGUCUGGAUGAUCUUGCACAGGCUAUUGACCAGGCAAAAGAAAAGACCACGCAAGCAGACAAUUUGAACCGUGCCAACGCAGACCGUCCAGACAAGCAGCUGAUGAAUGAUGUGGAUGUGAAGCACAACGAGCUAAAAGAUGUCAUUAACAAUGCGAAGGCCACCCGCGAUGAUGCCAAGACUGUCCGGGACAUGGGAAGGUCUAUUCAGCAAGCCCUGGAGAACAAGAAUGUGCAGCUGACAGCUGCUAAGAUUGCCAUCCAGAACAAGGUGAAUGAGCUUGGGGAUAUCACAACACUGGAAGACAAGGUCAAGGAGGCAGAGGAGCAUGCUGAGAAUCUGGAGAAAAGAGCCAAGGACAUCGAAAAACUGAAGGACAGUGGUGGGGAUUCCAAGAAGGCUGUGGAAGUGAUUGACGCCUACACAAGCGUAGCUAAUAAGAUCAACGACGCCGAGGCUGCCGCCAAUGCUGCCAGGAGGGCAGCUAAUGAUGCCAAAAAUAUUGUUGAUGAUGGAAACUUUGUGGUGGAGGCACGGAAUUCCAAACGGAAGAGUGAAGACAAUCAGAAUCAGGCAAACGAUCAGAAGAACAUGGUAGACAAUGAACUUAAGCCCAGACUGGAGGCUGGACGCCAGGCUACAGAUGCCGUUCAGAACGGGCUGAACAGGGGCAAAGAUCUACUUAAUGGCAUCACCAGCCAACUCAACACUCUGGUUCUUACCGAAUCUGUGGAUCAGGCAAAGAUAGAGAAAGCAGCCAACCGAGCCACACGAACAGAAGGCACAGUGAAUGACAUCAUUUCUGGCAAGUAUGCCGAGGACAGCAACCUGCGUGGGAACCUUAAGAGUCUGCAAGAGAUGGAGAAUGCUGUUGGAGUCAGCAGUGGUGGAGGGGGAACAGGCGAUCUCGGUGGUGUCCAGGCAAACUUGAACACCGUCAGGGCCAGUCUGCAGCAGGUGUCGAGUCUGCGUGCUGAGCUGAGUGCCAGGUUCAUGUCCUCCAGCACCACCUUCAACCAGGUAGCUGGGAGUGUCCGCGCCAUCCAGGAGAUGAUCAAGAAGGCCAGGGAAAAGGUCGACGAGAUCGGGAUCCCGAUGAACUUUGGCAGGCGAUCCAGUGGUGCUGGAGGUGGAACCGCUGUACAACUGAACCAGCCUGCUGUCCUACAGCGACUGGCCAGCCACAAGAACUACUUCACACUGUCCAUGGAGAUCAAACCCACACAGCAAGAUGGAACCAUCCUCUUCAUGGGAGACCCUACAAAUGCAAAUGGAGGCUUUUUUGCACUGGAGCUGAUUGGUGGCAGGGUUCGUGCAUCCACCAAACUCAGCAGUGCCAGUCCGUUCUCUGUCAUCUCCAGGGGUGCAGUGUCCAUGAACAGCUGGAGCUGGAUCAAUGUGGAAAGAGUUGCUAACCGGAUGGAGGUGACAGUGUCAGCAGACAGGGAAGAGACGACAGGUGGAACAGACGGCUCCAACUUCAUCCUGUUAGACCUGCCAGCAGGGUCAGGGCUGUACAUGGGAGGAGUGCCUGCUGGAUCCAGUCUCCAUGCAAGUCUGCAGGGAAACAGUUUCACUGGAAACAUUGAUGAGCUGAAGUUUGGAGAAACUCCACUCAGUCUCUGGAACUUCCGAGCAGCUGCAGGCAUGCUGUCCCCAGGCAUUCCCCCUGACAGGGAAAGGGGAGUGACAACCACAUUCAAUGGAUUUUACUUCAAUGGUGGAACAUACGGUUACACCAAACCAGACCCGACAAAACCUUUUGACAUCUUCGGGACCGAGAAAAGAAUCCAGGUCUACGUUAAACCAGCAAGUGAUCAGGGACUCAUCUUCUUCAUUGGUGACAAGUCCUACUUUAUUUCUGUUGAGUUGAUCAAAAGCAAAGUUGUGGCCACGGUGAAGUUGGGUGAUGGCACCACACCGAUCGUUGUGCAGAGUCAGGAUAGUCUGAAGGACCUGAUGAAACAAGAAUUCAUCAAUGUCAUGCUGCAGUCCAACACCAGGUUAUGUGCAAAAGAAUUUGGGAGCGCCCGUGGCCUGUUACUUUUUGUUGGCCGAGAUCGGAAGUGUGUGAGGAUGAACGUCCCGGGAGGAUCUCGGGAGAUCACCAACCAGGUGUACAUGGGCGGGCUGCCGGAUAACCUUUGGCCAGAAGAGUUAUCCAAGAACUUCUACGAGGGUUGUGUGAAGAACCUGCAGGUGCAGAGACAGGACAAGCAGAUCGAGGUGACAGGAGGGGUCAUCGGAGGAUGUCCUGCACUGGUCCACGAACUUCAGUUUUCAAAUGCACAAACAAGUUUCCUGAAGAUGGAGUGGGUGAGGAAGGAGACGUACCAAAACUUUGUGGCCACGUUUGCCUUCCAAACCACCAGCCCCAAUGGCCUGAUGCUGUACGGAAAAGGAAAUGGGCAGAAGAAAUCCUGGGCUGUCUCAAUGCACAGAGGAAACAUCAUCUUUGCCAUUUUUGGAGAUCCAAACCGUGGUGCACAUCGUGUUGUGAGCCAGAAGCAGUACAAUGAUGGGCAGGAGCACUAUGUGCGAGUCGCUAAAGUUGGCAGGGCCCUGACCAUGUCUGUGGAUGACAUCCCGGAGAGAGGCAGCACCAUGGAGGAUGAGGUCCUGGAGACCCCAGAGCUGCUGCUAGGGGGCCUCGCUCCUGACAUGGAACAACUCACCCCAGGAAACGCCUGGCUGGUUGAAAACAAUGACCACUUCAUGGGCUGCAUCAAACAACUUGUGGCCUCCUAUGACGACUUCAAAGGAGUGGUGGUGGAUUUUGUGAACAACCAGGACCGCAAGGAUGUUACCUAUAAUACCUGUAGUAUUUGAUCCAACUUGACUGAAAACAACAAUUAAAUUUGCAUGGAUCAUCAUAGUGACAAAACUCCUUACAAACAUAGACAUAAUUCUCUACAUAUUCUGUGCAUCACUGUGAGCUAGAAUUCAAAAUAUUUCUAUCAAAUCUAUGAUGUUUGUCAGAUCUAAAGCUGGUUGUCUUGUUUGUUUCAUUAGACGAAAAAUGAAAUUGAUGUUACAGUUAUAGUACCACAGUUAACUGUUGGAGGGAGUUUCAUGUCAUUAUAUAAAUGUUUCUGACAGCUUAUUACCUUGAAGUUCCUUAAUUGGUAUGGCUCAUACUUAUGUACGUGACCUACAGCUAGGAGAGUGAAUGAUAUCGUGAGAAAAGUAAUGUAAUUUGAACUAAAAUCAUAACCCUCUACAGUAGAAAUUCUCUAUUUUGUUAAUCACCACAAGGGUGAAUCAGUCAGUGUUCAAUUUUGCUCAUCACAUUUUACAUGGAACAACUGUGGGUUGUGGACAGUAAAGUUCAUGUAAGAUAUUGUUUUAGAAGAUUGGUUUGAUUUGAAGGUGAUUGUUUCUAUUUUGUUUAAUACUUUUUCUGGUGCAGAAUGUAUUGGUUAAGUUACAUAUUAAACACAACAGAUUUUUUUCAUAAUUAAGAAAUACAAGCAUGUACACAUCAACUGAUAACUAAAAGCAAAGGAUUUGCAUUUGAGAGAACUGCAAAAAAGCACUUUCAAAAUCAUAUGCUGAACACAAGCAUUCAAGCCAAUAACAAUCGCAUUAGCUGCUUUUAUUCUUAAUUAAAUCCUACUGUUAUGAGGGAAGUUGGUAAGGCUGCUGUGUUGUAUUUUUGGUGCAAUACUUUCUACUAGUAUUAGUUGCUAGCUAUAGGUUGUUAAUCUUUUAUUUGUAGGUGGAGUUCUUGACCCUCCCAAAGUUUUAUGAUUGUAUACUGGUUGGGCUUUUGAGUUAUCAAAUGCUUGUUUUAUUUCAUUCUGUCACUUCUCAUGGUUUCUUGUAAGCAACAUUGUAUACUUAGUAGUUUUACGAGAAACCCUUUCUUGACACCGUGUUACACCUUGCUAGUAUUUGUUUUAUUCUGAAGAUGCGUACGACUGCUAAUUUGGGGAUAUUGCUUGAGAAUAACUGUCAUUAAGGGGGUAUUUAGUGGUGACUAUGGCCUCACUCUGCACUUUUGCUGUCUCAGCAUUCAAUAAAGGCUGAGGAGUUAGAA